AUGCACGGAGGAUUCAUGAAGGCUCUCGGAUUGCUGAAAAGCCAAGGCUGGCCGCAGGAACAAGACCCCAAACUCCCUGAAACCGCCUAUUACGCCAUCCGGAAACACCUCAAGAAACUUAUGCAACAAAAUGAAAAGACCAAAUUCAUAGUGACCGGGCACAACUUGGGUGGUGCACUUGCGUUAUUAUUCCCCGCAAUAUUAGGUCUGCAUGGAGAUUCAUUCUUGCUUAACAGGUUGGAGGGUGUCUACACAUUCGGACAACCAAGAGUUGGAGAUGAAGAAUUCGGGAAAUACAUGACUAAAUUGAUCAACAAGUAUACUUUCCGAUAUGUUAGAUUCGUGUACAGUUACGAUGUGGUGCCCAGAUUGCCGUGCGAUAACGACACAUUCAUGUUCAAGCAUUUUGGUGCAUGCAUCUACUUCAACAGCCUCUAUAAAGGAAAAAUAUCCAGGGAGGCUGAGCUGAUGGACUACCGUCCUUCCCAGCGCUCUGCAAUGGACAUGGACGUACCCAUGAGGCAAAAGGGAAAACGACGAACCAAUAAGAAAACUGCUUGCAGAGAGUCGUCAUCUCAGUUCGUAUAUGACUCCGAUGACGAUUUUGUGGAUCCACCUCCACCUAGAUCUGUAGUUUGA